AUGGCGGCGUCGCCUGUGGCUUCUGUCUCUUCUGAAAUGGCCGCCAAUAACAUCCAGACAUUUGAGCAAUACUUGGAGAAGCACGACAAGAAGCACCAUAUCGUAACUCCUACCAUAGACUCCACUAUAACUGCUCCUAUUAUUACGCCGGACGUCAAUGAAGUUGAUCAGGGCAACAAGAAACUCACAACAGAGCUGCCGAAAGUUUCACCUGCUUCCACCAAAUCAAAACCAAAGGCCAAUGAAGAAAGAUUCAAUUUUGCCAGUUUCAAUUGUGCAGCCAAAAUUCUUGCAGCAAAUCCCGAAGCCUCCUCGUCUACUUCUAUAUUGUUGGAGUCCAAGGACGGCUACAUGAUGAACAAGUGCAACGCAACAGACAAGUUUGUUGUGAUUGAGCUCUGUCAGGAAAUUCUCGUUGAUACAAUAGUACUAGCCAACUUGGAAUUCUUCUCCUCAAUGUUUAAAACAAUUCGCAUCCAGGUCUCGGAUAGAUAUCCUCCGAAAGGUGCAAAUGGCUGGAAGGAACUUGGUGCUUUUACAGCUAAGAAUGCACGUAACUUUCAGACAUUUCAUAUCAAAAACCCAUUGAUAUGGGCAAGAUAUUUGAAAAUCGAUUUUGAUACAUACUAUGGGAAUGAGUUUUAUUGUACGCUCAACGUGUUACGCGUGUACGGCACGACAAUGAUGGAAGACGUGAUGACGGAAGACACGAACGCAGAUGAGCCGUCUGCAUCUCACACGACACCUAUAGCCGAAUUGUCGCGCGAGAGCUUCCAUCACCACAUAGUCACACCAUCAUCGAAACCAACAUCACUACCAUUCUCGGUACUAUUUAAAGACCACUUCAGUAACCCAAUACCACCAGAAACCCAUCCUGAAAUUUCCAUGUUGCGAGAAACGUCACCAUCAGCUACAGCUUCUGCUUCCCAAACGGGGACUCAGGAGAGCAUAUUCAAAACGGUAGUGGCGAAUGUCUUGGAUGACAUCACAACCACGCAACUGAUUCUCCAUGUAUUAGAUCAUGAAACGUUUGAGUGUGCUGGAGCACAAUGCGACUCUCUCCUUUCAGUAUUUGGUGCAGUCUUGAUGCAAUUGGCUGAACAGAGCGAACUCAUCAAUCGAGUUUUUGCUGAAUCUCAGGAGGCUCAGAGGAGGGGUAUUGAAGCAUCUAUCACGAGCAUGCGUGAAGAAAUGGAUGAUUUGCGAUACCGCAUGGAUCAAAUGGCAAUCCAGCAAAACUGGAUUUUUGUACUUAUGAUUGUCGCUUUAUUGAGUUUUAAAUACCAAGAGCUAUUACAACGACUAUGGCCAUCGCCGUCAUCGCAUGAAGCUGUUAGAGCUGCAGCACAUGAAAAGAAUCACAACGCGGCUGCCAUAGCAAAUGAAGAGGAGAGACUGGAGCACCCAUCGUCGCCUGACAAAGCUACUCAAAGAAAGAGGAGGAAGCGACGACAAUCGAAUGCAAACAAUCCAAUGGGAGUUGCAAUUGAUGCAUCGUCGCCCGAUCGCUUGCCAUCGUUCCUGUAA